CACUUCACUUCACUUCACUUCUUCGCUCCUUCUCCGUCUUCUUGUCCGCCGGCUGCAGCGCCUCGGUUUGUCUCUCUUCUCUCGUGGAAACAUGAAGAUAGAUUUUGCCCCUCUGGAUACCCCGCUCAACAGGAGGCUGCAGACGGCCGCGGUGCUGCAGUGGGUCUACUCUUUCCUGGCCCUGGCCCCGACCUGCAUCGUCCUCUUCUUCUACCUCCUCUUCACUCGUUUCUGGCUCAUCAGCGUGCUGUAUGUCGUCUGGUGGUACUUUGACUACGACACACCAUCACGAGGAGGCCGCAGGGUGCCAUACUUAUGUCGUCUGAAAUUAUGGGAACACAUGCGGGAUUACUUCCCCGUCAAGUUGGUGAAAACCGCUGACCUCGACCCCAGGAACAACUACGUCCUGGGUUUCCAUCCUCAUGGUGUUUUGGUGGCCGGAGCUUUCACCAACUUCUGCACCUACGCCACAGACAUCACCCAGCUGUUUCCUGGACUCACCACCUACCUGCUCAUGUUGCCCCUGUGGUUCAGAGCCCCGUUCUUCAGAGACUACAUCAUGUGUGCAGGUCUGAUUCCUUCGGACAAAGAGAGUGCACGAUAUCCUCUCAGCAAAAGGAAAGGUGGUAACGCUGUGGUCAUAGCUGUUGGUGGGGCCCCGGAGGCCCUGGACGCCCACCCCGGUACCUUUAAUGUCCUGUUGGCCCAGAAGAAAGGCUUCAUCAAAAUGGCCAUGGAGCACGGUGCUCAUCUGGUGCCAGUGUUUUCUUUUGGAGAGAACGAAGUGUUUGAUCAAGUAGGAAACUCACGAGGAACCUGGCUGAGGUGGACACAGGAAAAGCUGCAAAGCAUCAUGGGUAUCUCCCUGCCUCUCUUCCAUGCACGUGGUGUGUUCCAGUACUCCUUCGGUCUCAUGCCCUACAGAAAACCCAUCCACACUGUGGUCGGACGGCCGAUCAGGGUGGAGAAGAACGAGAAGCCGACAGCAGAGGAACUGGACGCCCUCCAUCAGCUCUACAUGGAGGAGCUCAGCAACCUGUUUGAUGAGCACAAAGGAAACUACGGAGUGGACAAGGACACACACCUGAACUUUGUCUAAAGUGGACUGGAGAUGGAAAGGAUGCAUAUUUAUUGGUAAAGCUCUGGGGCUGCAGGCUCAGAUAGUUUUACUUUCUGAGAAGCUCUGUACACCAAACUCUGCUCUCUGAUGACCGGUUUAUUAAAGAAGAUAAACUGAUAUUGGUUCUGCAACAUGACUGUUGUAUCUGUUUGUAAAAGGUAUGAGAUGAUUUCUGUAACUUCUGUAUGAGAUGAAAUAAACAAGAUUCACCCUA